CCCUCUGUUCUAAGUCUCUGUUCUAGCUUCCCUCCUAGACCUCAGUCCGGCUUUGGCAUUUGUUCCUCCGUAUCUAGUGUACGCAACGCUUCCCGGUCUGAAGCGUAGUAGCAGUCAUUAUCUUACGUCCGAGUUAGCUGAAAUGUGUUCAUAUUGCUGCAUAUUACGCGACAUGCAAUUUCUUGCACCUGGCGGCGUAUCCUGUAUUAGUCCCUGGCUUUCCCUAGCGCAUAUUUGACAGUCCUAGCGCCGUUCCUUCUAUACCACCCUUUUGUAGAGUCCUUCAGUCACCAUGCGACGGUCAGGAUCUUCCGCAUCCAGCGGCUGUCGGCCGUUGGAUGAAGACGACGAGCCGAUGCACGAGGACGACAUAAACGGCAUCCUCGAGCGCCUUAGAAGCCAGCACUGGGCAUCAGCGAACCAGAUCUCGCGAUCGCAGUCGUUCACGCCAAAUCCAGCCGCUAGCUUUUCGUCCGGCGACGAUUCCGAUCGACUGAGCGACAGGUUGAGCGACAGGUACGGCGACAGAUUAGGCGACAGGCUGGGCGACAGGUUAGGCGAUUCAUACGGAAGCAGGCCUCUUACGCCUCGAUCAGGAGGAGCGGCACGUGUUGGUGAAAGUCUGGGCGACAGGUCAGGAGGCGACAGGUUAGGCGACAGGUUAGGCGACAGGAUAAACGACAGGUUGAGCGACGCUGCAUCGCUACCGCUGCGGACGCAGACGAGUGCGUCGGUGCAUCUUCUAUCGAGUGUGAUUCACCAGGAGGUUCUUCCGGCGCUGCUAAACGACAAAACGACAUCAUAUUUAAGCGAUAAGGGGAGAGUUAAUCGGCAGGUGAAGUGGAAGGACCUGGAACGGGAUAUCGUAGAGAGGUCAAGUAGCUCAUUGGUGAGUGAAGCUGCUGAUGAUUAUGGGAAAGGCGGUCUUGAUUAUCAUCGACGGACGAUAAGCAACAGCGGGAUUCUUAAAUCGGAGCAACGGCCAGGGACUCCCUCCUCGUUAGUGUCUCCCUCGGGUUCUUCUACUGUGGCGUCAGCAAUGGAGCAGACGCGCAUCGCGGCGAAGGAAGCGGUAAGGGUCGACUUGAUAGUGGAGGAUCUUCAGGAGCAGCUCCGCCGCGCGCAGAACGAAGCGGGCGCGGCGCAAGACGAGUGCGCGGAAUUCCGCCGGGGGCUGCAGUCCGCCUGGGAGGACGUGCGGGAGCUCGAGGGUAAGCUUGAGGGGCAGCAGCGGGAGCUGGAGGCGCAACGGCGGGAUUUGGAGGCGGAGCGGCGGGAGAAUGAAGCUCGGCGGAAAGCGCACCUGGAGGCGCAGGAGCGGGAGCUUCAGGAGCGGUGGCAGGCGGAGAUGCGCCAGCAGCGGGAGCAAUGGCAGGCGCAGCUGCAAUCGGCGCAAGACGAUGCGCGGAUGCUCCGCGCGGAGAACGACGCCCUCCGUGGGGGUGCGGAGCUGUCCCGGGAAAGGUUGGGUUCUGCCCUGGCGGAAAGCCGCGAACUGGAAGACGGGCUGCGCGCAGCGGAGGCGGAGAGGCGGAAGGCGGAGGAGGGUUUCAAAGCCGCUAAUGCGCAGUUGGCGGAGUUGCGCGCAAGUGCGGAGGAGAUGCGCGCGCGGCUGGUGAAGGAGCAGGAGCGCGCGGCGGACUUGGCGCUGGAGAACGGCAGGCUGCGCGGGGAGGCGCGCCAGCUGGCUGGCGCAAACGCGGAACUCCGGGAGCUGGAGGAGGCGGCGCAUGCGGCGCAGGAGGAGCUGCGGAAAGCGCUGGAGGAAUGCGCGGAGCAGCGGGAGCAGGUUCGCGCGCUAGCCACCAAAGGCGCGCAACUUCAGAAAGAGCUGGCGGAAGCUCGGGAGGAGAACGCGGAGCUUUUGGGGGAGCUGGCGGAAGCGAAGGGGAGGAACGAGGGGCUGCAGAAGCGGCUGGACGCGGCGGUGCUGUCGCGCGGAGGCGGAGGCGGCGCAAGGAGCAGCGGAGUUGGGGAGAGCAGUGGCGGAGGGACGGCGGCGGAAGGGGAGGCGGCGCAGGCGCUGAAAGCGGAGCUGGCGGCAGUCGCCAGGAGAAACGAACAGAUGAGGAGAGACCUGGAGCUGGCUUGCAGGGAGAUCAGGCACUGGCAAAGGCAAGCCGAGUCGCAGGUGAAAACGCAGGGCGGCGGGGCGGAGAGAAAGGGGGGUGACGUCUGCAGCUGCGGCGGGUUCGGCGGCGACAGUAGUAGCCCGGCUAGCAGCGCCUCCCCCAGGCUGGCUCGGCCCGGAGCAACCAGGCUCGGUAGCCUCCGGAGCCCCGGCGUCGGUUCGGGCAUAGGCUCGGAGGUGGGAAGCCCUACGGCAGGUGGCGGGGGUGGGGGUGAAGGGGUAACUGGGGGAGGUUCUUCUGGGGGAAGUGGGCGUCCCAUGGAUUCUCUCCUCAUGCUGCUGCGGCAGGAGAACGAGCGGCUGCGAGGGUCUCUCAAAGAAGCGGAGGCGCGGAUAGAGGCUCUUAACGCGGAUAAAGUGACGGCCGAAGCAGCAGUUGCAGCGGCCCAGUCAGCAAGAGACGCCGCUGAGUCAGCGAGAGAGGCUGCUGAGUCAGCGAAGGAGGUGGCGGAGGGGGGGAAGAAAGCGGCGGAGGAGGGGAGGCUGCAGGCGGAAGAGGGGCGGCGGAAGGCGGAGGAGGGGCGGAGACGAGCGGAAGAAAGUGCUCUGCGGAGCAUUUUGGGGGAAAGGGAGAGGAGGGAGGCGGAGAAGGGAAGACAGGGCGGAGGGGAGAGGGCGGAAGAUGGGGGAUAUACAUAUAGGAUGGGUAGUACCGUAAGUUCCCCUUGCGGCCACAAGGUUGCUGGUCUAGCUGGGUCAGGAUACUCCCCAGCGGGUGCAUACGAGGCCGGAAUUUCCAGGGUAAUUUCCCCUGGGGAAGGUGUAUCUCGUAGUUUGCUGGAGUUGGCGUGCCGGCCGCUGGAGCGGACGAUUGGGAUCCGAGGAAGUAACAGCAGCGUGCUGAGCGGCUGUAGCGCGAGCAGCGGCAGCAGCAUCAUCACUCACGGUAGCAUGGGCAGCAGCAGCACCAGCAGCAGUGGGAAUAGUAGCAGUGGCAACAGCAGCGGUGGCAGCCUCAUUUGGUGCCCAGAGUACCUUUCCGGGAGCAGUGGCGGUGGGUUAGGAGGGGCAGCGGAAGGAAAAGGAGGGGUGGGCGGCGGAGGAGGGGGAUUAGGAGGGGGGAGUGAGCAGAAGAGCAAGUGGGAGCAGGGCGGCGGGGCGGUGGAAGGGACCAGUAGCACCCCCCUUAUAGAGCAACUCAGUAAGGAGAAUCGCGGGCUGAAGACUCUGGUGCGCUUCCUGCAGACGAUGCUGGUGAAGCAAGAGGAGGAGGCGUCGCAGAUCAAGCGCGAGCUGGAGGACCUGCGACGGAAAGCAGCAGGGACAGGGGCAGGGGCACCGGAGAUUACUCCUCUCAGUAGCCCAGCCAAACCUGGCUUGGAGGCUCAGGUGCGGAAGCAGGCAGAGGAGACCGCCAAGGCAGCUGCUUCGGGAGCUGCCGAGGCUGCACGAGCCGAAGCAGCAGCAGCAGCAGCUGAAGCGGAGCGGGUGCAGUUGCGAUCGCGGAUCGAGUUCCUGGAGAGGGAGUUGUGGGUGAUGGAGGAGAGAGUGCGACGCACAGAGGAGAAGGCAGCAAGGCUGGAAAGCGACCUUGAGAGGUCUCAAUCCGAAGCUGCUGCUGCCCAAGCCAAUGCCGAAGCUGCCCGUGAAGCUAUUUCCGAGGCUGAGCGCCGAACCACCGACGCUACGGCUAGGGCAGCCAGAGCUGAAGCUGAGGCUCGAUUGUCAAAAGCGGAGGCCGAGGCUCGACUGUUCAGGUCUUCAGGGAGUGAUGCUGGUCAGGUUGCUAAAGCUGAGGCUCGGGCAGCAGAAGCUGAGGUUCGGGCGACCGAAGCUGAGGCUCGGAUGGCGGACCUGGAGGCUCGGCACGAGGAGAUGACGCUUCAGCUACGUGCGGCGAAAGCUCGAACGGAAAAGCUAAGUAUGAGGGUUGUGCACGCGGCACACGGUGAUAAGAGACACGCGGAGGAAUCAGCAGCGUUUGCGGAGGCGAAACAGAAGACGCUGAUACAGCUGGCUGAGGAGGUGGAGGCGUUGAGAGAUGAGGCGAGGGAAGCAAGAGCUGCAGCUAAGGCGAGGGAGAGAGAGGCGGCGCGGAGCAGAGAGGAGCUGGCGAAAGUGAAGAGUGGGGAGGAGGAGGGUGGGGGGAGUCCGAGUGGGUUGUGGGAGGGCCAUCAGCAGGAUCUACGGUUUGGCGAGAUGCUCUCCUGGCCGUUUGAUCUUGUGCUGCCAUCAAAGUUCCUUGGGAGUGGGUACCAGAAUCCAUGAGAGCGGGGAAACAACAAUACUUAGCUGAAAGCCAUCCGAGGUUCUUUCUGUCUACAAGCUGGGUGACGCGGAGGGUGGACUUUGUGUACAUGGCUGCUGCGGGGACAUGUGUGAGGAAUGGUACGUGGUUGGCGGGGCCCAACUGAACUAAGGUAAUGACCCCGUCCUUAUUGCACUAUCUUGUGCAUCCGUGAGGACAACUGAUAACCGUAUGUGACUUGAAACCCCCAAGGUCACAGGUAUCUUACCUCCUGACUAUUUGACUUACCUUUGAACUUGAUUAUGAUGUUGCUAACAUAAUAUAAGUCCGUUCACUCA